UUCAAACCAGGUGCUGGGGGCGAGCUGGAGGUUCCUCAAAAUGGCGGCGGCGGCGGCCGAGAGCGGCGGGGGAGCGGGCGAGCAGCGGCGGCCGGCGGGCUCCUCACCCGCCGUGCCUCCGGGUCCUGCGGCCGCGGGAAAAGCCGAGAGAGACAAGAAGAAAACCAUCUUCAUCUUCGACCGUCGCCUGGGAGACUCUUCGGAGAAAUCCUUGGAGCUGAGCGUCAACAGCACGUACGCGGAGUUCAGGACCGCCGUGUGUCGGGCUUUUGCCAUUGCUGGAGAAAAUAACUUUGUAAUUACAACGACAAAUAGAAAAGAAAUCAAAAGUCAAAACUUUGAUAAAUGUGUCAAAGAUGGAACCACCUUGUAUAUACUUUAUUCAGCCGACCAAAUACUGCCCUCAGCAACAAGAGAAAGAAUUGAUUUUCUUCCUCACUAUGAUACAUUGGUUAAAAGUGGCAUGUAUGAAUACUAUGCCAGCGAAGGACAGACUCCUUUGCCAUUUGCCUUUGCUGAAUUGAUAGAUAAUUCAUUAUCUGCAACAGCAACCAGGAAAGGUACUCGCAUCAUACAAGUCCGACUGUUGUUUGAUGAAUCUCAAGGUAAGCCAGCUGUGGCUGUAAUUGACAACGGGAGAGGAAUGACAUCUAAACAACUUAACAACUGGGCUGUGUAUCGGCUUUCCAAGUUCACCAGAACAGAGGACGAUGUUGAAAGUGACCAUUCAGGAUAUGUUCGUCCACCUGUGGUGCCUCGUAGCCUCAAUAGUGACAUUUCCUAUUUCGGUGUUGGGGGGAAACAAGCAGUUUUCUUCAUUGGCCAGUCAACCAGAAUGAUUACCAAACCGGUAGAUUCACAAGAUGUGCAUGAGCUGAUACUUUCAAAAGAUGAUUUUGAGAAGAAAGAAAAAAAUAAGGAAGCAAUAUACAGCGGGUUCAUCAGGAACAGAAAGCCAACUGAUUCAAUGCAUGUCACUAGUGAAGAUGAACGAUUCCUUCAUAGUCUCAUAAUGGAAGAAAAAGAUAAGGAAAGCUUUACUGCAGUAGUCAUCACAGGAGUUCAGCAAGCCCACAUACAGUACUUGAAGAAUUACUUUCAUCUCUGGACUAGACAAUUGGCACACAUAUAUCACUACUAUAUUCAUGGACCCAAAGGAAAUGACAUGGAGGCCACUAAAGAAGUAGGGUUUUUCAACAAUAUUGACAUAGAGAUCUCAAUGUUUGAGAAAGGAAAAAUCCCUAAGAUUGUAAAUCUAAGAGAAAUAAAAGAUGACAUGCAGACUCUGUUCAUCAACACUGCAGCUGACAGCUUUGAGUUUAAAGCACAUGUAGAAGGCGAAGGUGUUGUAGAAGGAGUAAUACGUUAUCAUCCUUUCCUGUACGAUAAAGAAACCUACCCUGAAGAUGUUAGCUGCCCAUUCAAUGUGGCUGAAGAUGAUGAGGAAGACUGCUAUUCUGUUGAUAAGGGAGCCAGAGGAAAAAGGCCAAUAUUUGAAUGCUUUUGGAAUGGAAGAUUAAUACCAUACACCACCGUGGAAGAUUUUGAGUUUUGUGCACCUCCCAAGAAAAGAGGACUUGUGCCACUGGAAUGUUUCAACAGGAUCUCGGGUGUGCUUUUCACCAAUGAUAAAUUUCAGGUCAGCACCAACAAGUUGACGUUUAUGGAUUUGGAAUUGAAGUUGAAGGAUAAGAACACACUUUUCACACGUGUUGUGAAUGGCCAGGAGCAGAGGAUGAAGAUAGACAGAGAAUUUGCCAUGUGGCUUAAGGAGUGCCAUGAGAAAUAUGACAAGCAAAUAAAAUUCAGCUGUUAUAAAGGCACAAUCACAAGAAGUGAUUUGCCAUCUAAACGUAUGCAGAGUCCUUGGGCUGUAUAUACAGCAAUUGAGUGGGAUGGAAAAACAUUCAAAGCGACACAAAUGGUUAAGACAGUUAAAACGAUGCCAAUAAUUUAUGGAAGCAUAGUUCGUUUUCUCCUUUAUGGUGACCAUGAAGGUGAUGUAUUUUCCACUGGAGGGGAAGUUCAAAUAGCAGUGGAACCUCAAGCUUUGUAUGAUGAGGUGAAGACCAUUCCAAUUUCAAAGCUAGAUAGAAAUGUAGCUACUGCUAUGAUCAAGAAAUACAUAGAAGAUGAAAUGGCAAGGCUCCCUGAUAAAUUGUCUGUUACUUGGCCAGAAGGAGAUGAACUUAUUGCAAACGAUAGCAGACCAGCAGGAAUACCCAUAGGUGCUUUGAGAAUAGAAAUUCUCAAUAAAAAAGGCGAAACCAUGCAGAAGCUUCCAGGAACAAGUCAUGGUGGAUCAAAGAAACUAUUGGUGGAGUUGAAAGUUAUUUGGCACUCUUCUGCAGGUGACAAAGAAAUAGUUUCUCAUAUUAGUCAACAUGGCGGUAAAUGGCCAUAUUGGUUCAAAAAGAUGGAGAAUAUUAAUAAGCUUGGAAGCUACACUUUAAAACUACAAGUGGUGUUGAAUGAAAGUAAUGCAGACACGUAUGCAGGGAGACCUCUUCCAAGCAGAAUCUUCAAAUUCACUGUCACAGAGGGCAAACCUGAUAAAUUUACAGUUGGAUUGUUGGAUCCUCCAUUUCGCAUUGCUGUCCCUUUCAAUAUCCCUCUGGACUUGCAGGAUGAAUUUGGACAUUCAACCCAACCAACUACUGAUAUCAAACCAAUUGUGGAAGCAAGUGGGUUAGAGCUGCGUUAUGAAACAUUUAUGGCAAAAGGAACAAGCUUCAUCAUUAAAGGUGUAACUGCCAGAGGUCCUGUGAACAACUGCCAAGGCAAGAACUUCACUCUUAAGGUAAUCUUACCUGGAUUGAAGGAGGAUACUCAAGUGUUAAAAAUCCGGCUGCUGCCUGGCCCACCACAUGCCCUGAGGAUAAAGCCAGAAUCUAAUAAAGUAGUUAUUGAAAAUGGAACAGCUUUCCCAUUCCAAGCUGAGGUGGUGGAUGAAGCAGGGAAUAUUACAGCACAACCCAAGUUGGUGGUACAUUGUAAGUUUCUUGGUGCCCCAAAUCUGCCUGUGUAUACAGUGGAUUGCAGCAAUACUGGUACUGGAAUCCUAACUGGCCCUGUGAUACAUGUCCAGAACAUUAAAAAGGACCAAACAUUGAAGGCAAAAAUUGAGAUAGCGAGCUGCAAAGAUGUUCCUUCAGUGGAGAAAGUAAUUAAAUUGCUCCCUAGCACUCAAGUUGCCAAACUCCAAAUAUUCAGUAUGGAUGGACAGAAAGCAAUACCUAUCAAACACCAGGAUGAAAUUGAUUGGAUAGCUGGUGACACGAUUCACCAUCUUAUCUUUCGAAUGUAUGAUGAAGGUGAUCGUCAGAUUGUUGUCAGUUCAUCUCUGGCUGAAAAAAUUAAGGUCAACUGGACACCACGUAUAAAUAGAGAACAUUUAAUUCAAGGAUUAUUGCCUGACGUAAAAGUACCCAGCUCUGUUAAGGAUGUGCGUUAUUGUCAGGUAUCAUACCAAGAUGAUCAUGUUUCACUGGAGAGUGCAUUUACAGUGAAACCACAGCCAGAUGAGCCUAAGCUUUUGAAAUGUUCUUUGAAAGGAUUAAGCACUGUCCAGAUGGGUGAAGAACUGCAAGGAGAAAUACAUUCAAUGCUUACUGAUCGACAUGGCAAUCAUAUUCAGACUCUAACAUCUUCUUGUGUAAAUUUAUUGGGAGUAGCUGCUGAAGGACUUGACAAGAGUUCAUUAAAAAUCAUUUGGCAGGAAAAUAACCAGCUUAUGGUUGUUCGGGGAAUAAAGUUUUUACCAGGAACCACUGGUCACAAAGAAAUUUGUUUUGCUUGGCGAGAUUUUGUAGACUAUGUAAGGAUUCAUCUGACUGCGGGACCUCCAACCCAGAUUUCCAACCUUGACUGGGGAAAUACUGAAGAGCCUAUCACAGUGGUCAAUGGUAAAACUCUCGAUAAGCCUUUGGUUGUGCAACUUUGUGAUGCCUGGGGGAAUCCUUCUCCUGAACCUAUGAUUAAAGCUUUCCUGUUAAAGGAUAGUGGUAUAAAGUUGUCACCUGCACCACAACAGCAGAAAACUGAUGAAGAUGGAAGGGCAAACUUCGGUUUAUUUCAAAUCUUUGCAGCAAGGGGAGAAUACACAUUGCAAGUUAAAGCCAUCAUUAAUAAAACUGCAUUGGAUGGACCAGUGAUAAAAUUGAAUGUAAUACCAGACCCCAACAAGCCUAUCAGCUUGCAUGUGGAGUAUGACAAAAAUGCAUCUUUUGUUGCUGGUGGAUUUUUACCAGAUUUUGUGGUUAGUGUCAUUUCUGAAGAUGGUAAUACAAUGAGGAAUAUUAAGCCAGCAGAUAUUACGAUGAGAAUCUGGAGGGGACAGCGACCAAUAUCAAACCCCACCGUUCUAAACUGCAACAAAGGACGGGAGAAUGACAAAGAGGGUUGCUUUUAUUUCAGGGAUAAAGUACUUCCAGAGCGGACAGGAGUUCAUUCCAUUCAAUUUGCUCUUUCACAGGACAAACAUGUGCUCUAUGGUGAUCAGAUUACUUUGAAUGUGGUACCUGGUGAACCUGUGAAAUUAAUGCCGGAAGAGCUGCCAGCUACUCCUACUGUCUCAAAUGUCCGUAAUGUCACCCAUCGCACAUUGGUUAAAAAUAUGUGCCUGAAGAUCAUGGAUGAAUACAAUAAUGCAGCUGGAGAGGAUAUUUGUGGCAUGUUGGUGGUUACAAUUAGAAGUACAACUGAAGAUGAUAGUGAGAUUCCUCAGUUUCAGGGAAAAUUCAGCUCUCUGGAGUAUGAACUCAACCAUGGAUCAUCUGUCAUUUCAAAUCUGAUGCUAGCCGAAAACAGUCCUGGCAGAGAUAGCACUGAAUACUUGCUGGUUUUUGAAUCAACAAUUACAAAACCGAGCAAGAUGAAUCCUUUACCUCCUUACAUAUUACCUUUUAUGUUUUACAAUGAUUUUAAGAAACAGCAGCAGAUGACAUCAUUAACCAAAGAGAAGGACCAACUCACCCAAUCCAUUGUUGCAUACCGGAGUUUGUUUGAUACCACGAACCAAUUAAUUAGUGAAAUGAAGUGUCAAGCACAGGAAGCUACAGCAAAAGAAUCUCACCUGAGAAAUGAACUUCGAAAACAGAAAAUCAACCCUGCAGAAAUCAGUACUCCUCAAGAUAUUGAUGCAGUCAUCAAGCAGAUGAAAAUUGACAGAGACAGGAUAAUCAAAUUGCCCAGGAGAACAUGUUCUCUGCCAAAUUAUACUAGGAAUAGUGGUGACAUUUUAGGAAAGAUUGCACACUUGGCAAUGAUAGAGGAUGAUGAGGUGGCCAAGGUUAUCUCUUGGCAUAUGGCUAGUGACAUGGACUGUGUGGUUACUUUAACCACAGAUGCUGCGCGACGUAUCUUUGAUGAAACUCAGGGUCGUCAACAAGUGCUUCCACUUGAUUCUAUAUAUAGAAAAAAUCUUCCAGAUAGUAACAGACCUUUACCUCACAUGCGAAAUGGAAAAUGCCAUUUCAAGCCUGAAGGAAACCCCAUAUUUGCCCGUGACCUACUUAUUUUCACGGAGAAUGUUGAACAAUGUCGAAUAGUAUUUGGGAUGCUUCUUGGAGAUACGAUUAUCUUGGACAACUUAAAUGCUGCGAAUCAGUAUAGAAAAGAGGUUGUGAAAAUCACCCACUGCCCUACAUUGCUGACAAGAGAUGGAGAUAGAAUACGAAGCAAUGGAAAGUUUGGAGGCCUUCAGAACAAGGCACCACAAAUGGAUAAACUGCGAGGAAUGGUAUUUGGAGCUCCUCUACCAAAGGCUUACCAUGCACUGAAUUCACAGAUUGAUCUUAUCCAGCAAUAUCGCUCUGCUCUGAUCAAGCUUAAUAAUGUCAAUCAGGAACUGGAUCUACAGCUGAAGUACAUCAGUUCACCAGAAAUGACCUUAAAGCACAAGGAGCUCAAUGACCAAGAGAACCAGCUCAAGCAAAUAGAAAAGCAACUAGGAAUGACUCCAACAAGAUCAACUUCUUCCUGCAGUCCUAAAAUAUUGGCUUUAGAUUUAUCUGACGGGCAGACUCCAAAUAAAAGAAUAAGAAGAGAGAGUGCAAAGAAAACCUACAGUGCAGAGGAAUGGGUUUCAAUACCUUUGAGGAAAUCACAGCCGCUGCCUUCAGGAUCUGGAUUAGAAACAAAUGGAAAUACUUUGUCACGGAAAAGGAAGGCCUAGAGAAAAUGUAGAUGUUUUGGGGGUAUUUUUCCUCAGAGUUCCAUUAUUAAAUUCUUAAGCAGAUGUCUUUUCAAAUUUUCUUACAUUUCACAGAGAGAAAUAUAUCUCAUUAUAGUGUCAGGAGUCAGAGUUAUGGAUAAGGAGGAAUAAUGUACAUAGUGUGAAAGAAAAAUUGAACAAUGUAUAAGUGUUCUACAAAGAUUUCUAUCCAACAGUCACAAAUAUAUUAAAAAGUAUGUUGGUAGAUAAUAUGUUCAUUUGUAGUUAUUUAAAUUGAAAAGCUUAAUUUUGUACAUUCAACUUUGUAUUUUUUAUUUUUUAACUUUUUUUCCAAAAGUUUACUGAACUUUGUCAUGGAGCAAGAA